AUGACUCCCUUUGACUUCGUCGGCGUCUCGACGCUAUCGAGGAUCCUAACAGAGCUUCAAGUGAGGCUGAGGCCGCUCGUCGCCGCCACCUACCGGGUCCUACGGUCGCAGUCAAACCUCAUCCGGGUCCACGUGUCAGACUGCGUCAACAGUCUGACAGCUUCCCCCCUGCGCAAUGUGCCAAAGGCUGCGGGCUACCCGGUCUUGGGCAUCCUUCCCCAGAUGUGCAACCAAGGCCUCUACACCUCGACCAUGACCACCUUGUUCGAGCUGGCCCAAGAUUGCGGCCUGUCCUGUUCAUCCGUUGGCACAAUCCCCAUCGUCUAUCUCCGGGACCCGGCCAUCAUUCGUCAGGUCUAUGCCAAGAACACGGAUAACAUCACCCGCUUUGGUCAAGAUGGCAAGGGCCCUUUCGGCAUCAACCAACGACUGAUUGGCUACACCGCCGCGACGGCUGAUGGCGAGGACUGGCACCGCUGGCGGAACGGGUUUCUCAGAGACUUCAACAGCCCGACGGCUCUGAGGGACUCGCAUCCAGGCAUCCUGCGUGUCGCACAGAGACAUGCGCAAAAGAUUAUAGACGGCAAAUCCGGACAUGAUCUCCGCAAGGCCAUGGAGGCUUACGCGCUUGAUACUGUCUGGUUCAUAGCCCUGGGCGUUGAUAACGUGUCCGACUCAGCAGGGGACCUCGUCUCCGCGCUGGCUCGAUACGGCGACAUUGUCGGAAACCCAUCGCACCUUUGGCGACACGCCCUCCGCAAUUUCAUCGCCGGGAAAUCAUUUAGAGUGCCGGAUCGUGUCGAACAGGACAUUAGAGACGACAUCGAAACAGCCGUAAUAAACCUCCUGAGUCGAAAUCUUGGGUCUGGAGACUCCCAGAGAGCGCCAAUGACGGAUGAUGUCCUUGCUCAGGCUCGCCAGAUAUUUUCUCUUGGUCACGACGCUUCCGCGCUCGCACUUUUCUGGGCCAUUUUCGAGCUCAGCCGCCAUCCCGAGGUUAUACACAAGCUGCGCAGAGAGCUUCGCGGCAAAGGAUGCAACGCAGACCAUGUCGAUUUCGACACUCUUCGUUCAAUGCCUUACUUGGAUGCCGUGGUGACCGAGCUGUUCCGUCUGCAUCCGCCAAUUUCGACCACAGCGCGCAGGGUCACCCGGCCCAUUAUAGUUGAGACAAGAGACAACGACACCGUCGUACUGCCCCGGGGGACGCAGCUCUUCUCUUCAGUCCACCUUUUGCAUCGGGACAAGCAGAUUUGGGGUGAGACUGCCGACGACUUCAGGCCCGAGAGAUGGCUGGGUGUGAAUACAAACAGCGUGCAGAACCGCUGCGAAUAUCUGCCCUUCCUGGCCGGCCCGAGGGCCUGCCCCAGCUCGGGCUUUGUGCUGCUGCAGGUGAAGAUGAUGCUGGCUGUUCUGCUGUCGCGGGCGGAUAUUGAAAUACAUAAUUCUUCAGAUGUGGAGAAGUGUAUUGGUGGCGUGAUUCGGCCGGCGAAAGCUGUGGGAUACGAGGUUCGUGAGGUAACACUAUAG